GCCCGGCCCGGCCCGGCCCGGCCUGGCCCGGCCCGGCGCGGCGCGGCCCUGCGCGCCCGCAGCCCCGCGCCGCCCAGGCGGGAGCGCGCGCGGCGUUCCGGGGGGGAGCGCGCUGCUCUCGCAUCUUUUGUGUGUUCGGGCGGCUCGGGCUCGGCCCCGGCGGGAGCCGCGCGGGGGAGCGCCCUCCGUGCGCGCGCCCUGCCCGCCCCCCCCAGCGCGCCGCGGGACGAUGGCUCAGCCCCGAGGCAAGAAGAGAAACCCUGGGCUGAAAAUUCCUAAAGAAGCAUUUGAGCAACCACAGACAAGCUCCACGCCACCCAGAGAUCUGGACUCCAAAGCCUGCAUCUCUAUUGGGGAGGAGAACUUUGAGGUGAAGGCCGAUGACCUGGAGCCCAUCUCCGAGCUGGGACGAGGUGCGUACGGGGUGGUGGAGAAGAUGCGGCACAUGCCCAGCGGGCAGAUCAUGGCAGUGAAGAGGAUCCGAGCCACGGUGAACAGCCAGGAGCAGAAGAGGCUGCUGAUGGACCUGGACAUCUCCAUGAGGACCGUGGAUUGUCCCUUCACUGUCACCUUCUACGGGGCGCUCUUCCGAGAGGGAGAUGUGUGGAUUUGCAUGGAGCUCAUGGAUACCUCACUGGACAAAUUCUACAAACACGUCAUUGACAAAGGCCUGACGAUUCCCGAGGACAUCCUGGGGAAAAUCGCUGUCUCUAUUGUGAAAGCACUCGAGCAUCUCCACAGUAAACUCUCCGUGAUCCACCGAGAUGUAAAGCCCUCUAACGUGUUGAUCAAUACGCAGGGGCAGGUGAAAAUGUGCGAUUUUGGGAUUAGCGGUUACCUCGUCGACUCUGUUGCUAAAACCAUGGAUGCAGGAUGCAAACCCUACAUGGCUCCUGAGAGAAUCAACCCCGAGCUGAACCAGAAGGGAUACAGCGUCAAAUCCGACAUCUGGAGCCUGGGCAUCACCAUGAUCGAGCUGGCCAUCCUGCGCUUCCCCUACGACUCGUGGGGCACGCCCUUCCAGCAGCUCAAGCAGGUGGUGGAGGAGCCGUCGCCGCAGCUGCCGGCAGAGAGGUUCUCCGCGGAGUUCGUCGAUUUUACCUCGCAGUGCUUGAAGAAGAAUUCCAAAGAACGGCCAACAUACCCAGAGCUUAUGCAACAUCCUUUCUUCACCCUGCACGAAUCCAAAGAGACAGACGUCGCCUCUUUUGUCAAGCUCAUCCUGGGAGACUGAGAACUGGACUUGUGAAAGAAUUGCCCUUCUGUGGACUGGUGGGUGCAGGGGAGGGGCGCGUGGCAGGACUUGUCAUGGAAGCACCAACAGAAAGUCGCCGUGGUUUUGUUUUGUUUUGUUUUUAUUCUGAGGAACCCCCGCCUCGCCCGAGUUUUUUUAAAGGGUUCUUUGGUAUCCAUAGUGACAUAGAACGAGCUGGUUAGUGGAGUGAAUUUUAAUAAGGUUGGUAACCUUAAAACGAAAACAAAACAACAAAAAAAAAAUUUUUUUUUUUUUU